AUGAAAGACCAUUAUUCCUACAUUAAAGGCAGUAAGAUCAAUGGUCAAGAGCUUUAUGACCUUAGAGAUCGAGUCCGAAGACUUUUGCAGCGUUCAAACGACUCUUUUCCAGGAUCUCAACCUGUCAGUUUCUCAAAAUGCCAUAUACAGACUCUUAUGAAUAAUGAUUAUUAUUUAUGUGAAAAAUCAGAUGGUCUUCGUGCACUUUUAUAUGUGAUUGCAGAAAAAGAUAGCUUUAAAAAAUCAUGGGAAAAAGUAUAUUUGAUUGAUCGAAAAAAUGAUUAUUAUCAAGUUUCAAAUCUUCAUUUUCCAGUUUUAAACGAUCCAUCUUUUCGAAAUUUUCAUAAUGACACGUUAUUGGAUGGAGAAUUAAUUUUAGAUGAAUAUGAAGAAGGAAGAAGAAUUUUGAGGUAUCUUGUUUUUGAUUGUCUUUCUGUUCAGGGUAAAUUAUUGUUAAAUAAACCUUUGGAUAAACGACUUGGAUACUUAAAGGAAAAUAUUCUAAAUCCGUUGAAUGCAUUUUGUUCUAAAUAUUCUCACUUUAUACAAAACAUGCCAUUCAGUAUUGAAUUUAAAAGAAUGGAGCUUUCUUAUGCAAUUGAAAUGAUGUUUAAAGAUAUUAUUCCGUCUCUUCGGCACAAAAAUGAUGGGCUUAUAUUUACAUGUCUUAAUGCUCCUUAUACAUGUGGAACUGAUGAAACCCUUUUAAAAUGGAAACCUCCUAAUGAAAAUUCUGUAGAUUUUUUAUUAAAUUUACAAUUUCCAUUAUUACCUGGAAGUUUGAAUGAUUAUAACUAUGAUUCUAUGCCUAAAUUUAAACUUUCUGUCUGGGAAGGUGGAAAUAAAUACUCUGAAAUGUACGAUAUGUAUGUUAGCCCUGAAGAAUGGGAACAAAUGAAAGCAUUAGGUGAACCUCUUAACCAUAGAUUAGUUGAAUGUAUUUGCGAUUCUAAAAAAAGAUGGCGUUUUUAUAGAUUUCGAGAUGAUAAAUCUCAUGGAAACUUCAUAGAUGUUGUACUAAAUGUGUUAAAAAGUAUUGAUGAUGGAGUAGACAAAGAAGAACUAAAAAAUGCUGCAUAUGAAAUUAAAAAGCAAUUUAAGGCACGGGCUGCAAAUAAAUCAAAAACAUAA